AUGCUGCUCAACGGAGUGUUGCCGCUGCUAGCACAGUACUGGCCAAUUGUCUUGGUCUCGCUCACCCUCGGAUGGCUGCUGAACAAUAAAUUCUGGAAAGGUUUGAAUCGGUAUCCGGGUCCCCGGUUGGCAGGUUACACAAACUGGUGGAGGUUCUGGGACGUGUGGGGAAGGCAGCACCAUUGGACCAUCAUCAAGCUACAUCGCGAGCAUGGAGAUGUGGUGAGAUUGGGGCCCAACGUCUUGUCCUUCGCAGACCCAAGGGCCAUCAAGGUCAUCUAUGGAUUGAACAAGGGUAUGGUCAAGUCCGACUUCUAUCCUGUCCAGAAUGCCGUUUCCAAGGGUCAACGGCUUCAGUCACUAUUCUCUACUGUGGACGAGGAUUACCAUGCGAGGUACCGUCGUUGUGUUAACAGUGCGUUUGCGAUGAGUUCGCUCGUCAACUAUGAGCCGUUGGUCAGCUCGACUGUCGGCGUGUUCCUUGACAAGACGCAAGAGAUGUACGCAAGCACCGGGAAGAGUUGCAACUUCAGCCAGUGGCUACAGUACUUCGCUUUCGAUGUCAUCGGAGAUCUGACAUGGAGCAAGAGACUGGGUUUCGUCGAAGAGGACAGGGACGUUGACGGCAUAAUUGCUUUCCUGCAGCACUUCUUGAGCUAUGCAGGCCCUAUCGGCCAAAUGCCCAUCCUCGACCUGUUUCUAGAAAAGAACCCCAUCUCCCUCUUCUUCCAGCGUAUCGGCCUCAGCAAGACCGUCUUCCCCGUCACCCUCUUCGCGCAAACCCGCUCCAACGAGCGCUUCUCCGAAAUCCAGAAGAUUAAAGCCCAUGGCCUCCCCGAAGACCAGCCCAACCCCCGGGGUGUGGACCUUCUCUCCAAGUUCGCCCAAGCCGCCCACGACCACCCCGAAUUCAUGGACGACACGCGCAUCCUCUCCUCCUGCACCUCCAUGGUCUUCGCCGGCUCCGAAACAACCGCAAUCUCCCUUUCAAGCGUCUUCUACUUCCUGCUCAAGCACCCCACUGUGUACACCAAGCUGAUGCAAGAGCUGGACGACGCUGUCGUGAACGGCACCAUCGAGCCCCGGGAGGAUAAAACCGUCUCGUGGGCCGAGUCCCAGAAGCUACCCUACCUCGACGCCGUCAUCCAGGAGUCGUUCCGCAUGCAUCCCGCCGCGGGCCUGAUUCUCGAGCGCAUCGUCCCGCCGCAGGGCAUGGAUAUCCUCGGCGACUUCAUCCCCGGUGGUACCAUCGUUGGCUGCAACCCCUGGGCUCUGCACCGCCGGCCGGAGAUUUUUGGCGCGGACGUCGAUGCCUUCAGGCCUGAGCGAUGGACCGAGGCGCCGCCGCAUAAGCUCAAGGAGAUGAAGGCGACUAUGUUCCAGUUUGGCGCUGGAGCGAGGACAUGUAUUGGGAAGAACGUCAGUCUGUUGGAGGUGUAUAAGCUGGUGCCGAGUUUCCUGAGGAGGUUUGAGAUUGAGCUCGAGCGACCCGAUGCCGAGUGGAAGACGCACAAUGCAUGGUUCGUGCGUCAGAUGGAUUUCAACACGCGGUUCAGACCCAGGAAGACCAAGGCGUGA